UCAAAAAAAAAAACUGUCUUUAUUACCAUGGUAACCGUUUGGCAAGUAAACAAGCCAAACAAACUUUUGGUGUUUGACAUGUAAAUGUGGCCCAGUUUAAGUAACUGUAAUUUUUUAAGAUUAGCCCACUAAUGGAAAGUUAUUACUACGAUGAGAGAAAAUGCUUGUGAUUUAAAUGUUAGAUAAAAUGUGGUGAUGGUUGCCACCUCGCAAUGCCUAAACUGAUUGAGCUGACAAUAGAAAUUGAAGUUCAGAAGGUGUCAUGCCCAGGUGUGUGGUUGUGUCAAGAUGGUAGAGUAUCUCUCACUAUUUUCGCCCUUGGGACAAGUUACCAAACCUGCUACCUUCCGCCCAGCUUUCCACUAGCAUUCAGAGAUGUGUUUUACUUCCGCAAGAGGUUCCAGGAGAGUUGUGCACUGAACAACAUCUGUUGUUUGCUAAAGGAUGAAACAAUAUACUGUGAACUGGUGCAGUGGAGUGAGAGCUGUGCGACAGGGAAUUGUAUAACUUUAGCUCAGUACCUCGGAGCAGUUAACGAUGUACUAUUCCCACCAAACAUGUGCUCAUCCGAUGGAGUGGAUCUUCUCAUGCGGAGAUCCAAGGACUUUCCUGGCAUACUGUCACCGAAGAUCGAGAUAUCGACGAAAGUGCGUAUAGACGAAGUAUGGAACUCGAGUUGUAUUAACGGUACAAGCAAAAUAGGUUCAUGCCACUGCAGCCCGAAAGACUUCGAGGGCUCCCGGCAGAAACAAGUUUGCCAUUCCGCACAGUAUCAUAAAACAAGGUGCAUUAAUAAUCUGCCCUCGAGAUCUAGGUCGCGCUCGCGAUCCAUCGGAUCCAGGUCGUGUCGUAGUUUGGAAUCGGAAGCCAGUACAUCCUGUCGAUAUCCCAAAUGCAACGACUCUAUGGUUAUCAACUCUUCAUCGAGCCAGAGACUAGAUAAACUAUUACUUGAGAGUCGUUACAUAGACCAAGGGCUUUUAGACUGCGAGCCGCGAACUACCAGGAAUCAUACGAAACCGACUCCUUGUGUAUGUGAGAUAUGUAGAAAGUACCAUGAAUUAUUCCAUACGAAUAAUGAAGAAAGCUGACUAUCACAUUGUGAAGGCAAAACCCCCAUUUUCCGUAACGCCUAUAGCGUAUCGAACUGAUAAUCUUUGAUCAUUUACAGAUUUAAAACAUUAUAAAUAUAGGUACUUACCUAAAAUGUCAAAAAUGUAUUUAAAAAAAUAAUU